AUGGCGCAGAAAGGAGAUCAGCUGGACCAGGAAACCUUUUCUUGUUCCAUCUGUUUGGAGGUUUUUAAGAUUCCGGUGGCUAUUCCCUGUGGCCACAGUUACUGUAUGAACUGUAUUAAAUCCUACUGGGAUGAAGGAGAGAAGAAACUCCCCAGCUGUCCUCAGUGUAGAGAGAUAUUUAUACCGAGACCUGGGCUGGUUAUAAACAGCAUGUUAUUUGAUUUAGUGUACCAGCUGGAGAAGACUGGACUCCGAGCUGCUCCUGCUGAUCACUGCUAUGCUGGACCUGAAGACGUGGCCUGUGAUGUCUGCUCUGAGAGGAAACUGAAAGCUGUCAAGUCCUGUUUGGUCUGUCUGGCCUCUUACUGCCAGAAACACCUCCAACCUCACCGUGAUUCAUCUACAUUCAAGACACACCAGCUGGUGGAUCCCUCCAAGAACCUGCAGGACAACAUCUGCCCCCGUCACGGUGAGGUGAGGAAGAUGUUCUGUCGUACUGAUCAGAAGUGUAUCUGUUAUCUCUGCUCUGUGGAGGAACAUAAAGGCCAUGACACGGUCUCGGCUGCAGCAGAAAGGACGGAGAGGCAGACAGAGGUGGAGGUGAGACGACAACAAAUCCAGCAGCAGAUCCAGGACAGAGAGAAAGAUGUGAAGCUGCUUCAGCAGGAGGUGGAGGCCAUCGAUCAGUCUGCUGAUGGAACAGUGGAGGGCAGUGAUGAGAUGUUCACUGAGCUGAUCUCUCUCCUCCAGAAGAGAAGCUCUGAGGUGAAGCAGCAGAUCAGAUCCCAGCAGGAAACUGAAGUGAGGAAAGUCAGAGAGCUGGAGGAGAAGCUGCAGCAGGAGAUCAGUGACCUGAAGAGGAGAGACGCUGAGAUGAAGCAGCUCAGAGACACCGAGGACAACAACCAGUUCCUCCACAGCUGCCAAUCACUGCCACCACUCAGUGAGUCCACACACUCCUCCAGCAUCAGCAUCCGUCCUCUCAGAUACUUUCAGGAUGUGGCAGCAGCUGUGUCAGAGGUCAGAGGUCGACUACAGGACAUCCUGGGAGACACGUGGACAAACGUCUCACUGGCCAUCACUGAGGUGGAUGUUUUACUGUCAGAACCAGAUAGCAGAGCUGGAUUCUUGAAGUAUUCAUGUGAAAUCACUCUGGAUCCAAACACAGUACACCCAUAUCUGUCACUGUCAGAGCAGAACAGAAAGGCGACUUCGACCGACAAACCUCAGUCUUAUUCUGAUCAUCCAGACAGAUUCAGUAAAUAUUCUCAGGUUCUGAGUAGAGAGAGUCUGACUGGACGUCAUUACUGGGAGGUGGAGACAGCAGCAGGUGUAGUUGAGCUAGCAGUUUCAUACAAGAAUAUCAGCAGAUCAGGGCGGGGAAAUGGAAGUGCAUUUGGAUUUAAUGACAAAUCUUGGUCACUACGUUGUCUCUCAGACAGAUAUGAAUUCAGGUACAACGACAUCAGCACCUCCGUCUCAGAGUCCAGACCUCCUUCACUCAGCCGCUACACGCUGGAGUCGGGGUUUACGGAUACUGGGUUGAGUUCUCAGCCGCUGCAGGAACAUGUUCUGCUGGGAAGAAGCUGCUGGACGGUACCAGAGGUUCGGUACCAGAGGUUCGGUACCAGAGGUUCGGUACCAGAGGUUCAGUACCAGAGGUUCAGUACCAGAGGUUCGGUACCAGAGGUUCGGUACCAGAGGUUCAGUACCAGAGGUUCAGUACCAGAGGUUCUGCAGUCCAGCUUCACUCUGCAGGGUGGAGUCUGGGAACGUAGGAAACCUCCCAAGACGGGUCACUUCACCGUCAGCGUGAUGGGAACUGAGUACACGUUGGGACAGUAG